AUGGGAUCCGGCGUAGUAGCCGAGUCACACCCCCUGCCCCCUCAUGCCAUCCGCUCCCCCCGCCCCUACCCUCCGCGUGCCCGCUCCCUUGCCGCCUCUUUUGACCCUCCCUGCCCCCCCUCGCCGUUUCCCACCGCCCGCCAUUCGCUCCUCCCCGCCCGUGCGCUCCCCUCCUUUACCUUCUCCUCCCCCCUCCCCUCCUCUGCUGCACGCCUCUUCCUUCCCCUCGCCGACCCACUCCACUCCCUGCCCCUCCUCAAUCCGCACCCUGCCCCUCGUAUCUCGCCCCCCUAUGCUUGGUUUCUCCCCUCCCUGCCCCUCGCCGCCUUUCCCCGCUCCCCACCUCCCCCCUCUCCCUGCCCCCCCACUCUCCCCCCCCUUGUCCUUGGCUUCCUACCUCCCUGCCUCACCUUUCCCCCCUCCGUGUGCUCAGCUUCUCCCCUCCCUGCCCCUCCCUCCUCCCCGCCCUGCCCCUCAUUUCCCCCCCCCCCCCCCCCCCCCCCCCACGCCCGGUUUCUCCCCUCCCCGCGCCUCCCUUUCUUUCUCCGUGCCUCUCCUUUGCUCCCUCCCUGCCCCCGCCUGCCCAUGCCCCUGUCUUUGGCUUCUCCCCUCCCUGCCCCACGUUUCUUCCCUCCCUGCCCCCCGUCUGCCCCUCCCUUGUUUUCCCCUCACCCAUUGCUUCUCUCCUCCCUGCCCUUGAUUUCCCACACCCCUGCCCUCGUUUCCUAUCAUCCAUGCCCCUCGUUUCCCCCCUUUGUACGUUCAGCCUCUUCCCUCCCUGCCCCUCCCUUCCUCCCCCCCUGCCCUUUGCUCUCCCCUCGUUACGCUCCCUUCUCCCCAUCCCUGCAGGGAGGGCAGACGGGCCAGGACGUGGAGGGGGGACAGCAGGGGCAGCAGUAG